AUGUUUACAUUGACAAAUAUUGGUCUUAUGAUUUAUUUUGCUCUUGUGUCACUGAUAGGCACACUUGGCAACGGAAUAAUCUUAUUAGCUUAUGGAAACCGUUGGAAUUCAUCAAAAUCAACAUCAGUUAUCUUUAUACUUAUUCUUGCUUGUGUUGAUUUAUGGACAUGUCUUAUUGUCGUACCAACUAUUGGUAUAAUGGAAUAUCGUGAAUUUGAAGUCCCAACACCGCUCUGUCGAUUUUAUUCAUUUUCAAAAAUUCUCAUCAUUAUUUCAUCAUUAAUUAUGUCAUUUAUUGCAUUGGAUAGAUUUUUAAAUAUUGUUGCUCCACAUCAUCGAGUACUCAAUCCUUGUCGUGUUAAAUGUUUAUUAACAUUAUUCAUUUCAGUUGGCAUUGGAUUAGGUAUAUUAACAGCUUUAGCAUUUUCCUCGUUACCAUACAGAGAAUUUUAUCUUGCUAAUUAUACUGUAAUUUUACCGAAUGAACCACAUUUAUUAAAAGCUGAUUCUCAAAAAAUAUCAAUAGAAUUUACACAAAAAGACGUACUAAUGCAUGAUCUAAUUAACACCAUACAUGAACAAGUACCUAUAUCUGUUGAUGCCAAUAUAACAAAUGUUAGUUUAUCAUAUAUAUCUACAAAUGGAAGAUGUUUUGCUGAUACAUCAAUUAUAUCUGAAACAACACGAGAAAUUUUACGACAUACUUCAAAUAAGUUUUUUUUUAUUUCAAUUGGAAUUGUUACAAUACUUUACACAAUAACGUUUGUACUUGCUUUACAACGACAAAAUCCUCGUAUACGUGCAUUAAAAAAGAGUUUAAAUGUAUUAAAUAAAUUUAACUCGAAUACAUUAAAUGAUCGUCAAAUAAGUAAUCAUCAAGAACAACUACGUAAUGACUCAAUAAUAUCAUCAUAUUCUGGAAUAUACACAUCAAUUCAAAAUAAAUCAUCAAACAUCGAAUUAAAAAAUGUACCAACACACGACAAUCAACAAUAUGCUAUGUCAACUUUUAUUAGUAAUGAUGAAUUUAAUGAUCAAAAUAUUUCCAAUGAACCAAAAAAUGAUUUUCAAAUAAGUAUAUCAGAAACAGCAUCAGAUGAUUUACAAGCAUCAACAGAGAAACUUUCAAAUAUUAAACAAGUUUCAUUUCAAGUUGAACAGAAUGAUAAUGUAACAACGAAUGAUGAUAAACAACAAUUAUCUUUUAUGACAAAUUCAUUUGAUACUGAUUUAAAUCAAAAUACCGAAACAUAUUAUAAACUUCCAUGUCCAUGUUCAUCAACACGACAUUUAUUAAUUAAAUUUCAUUUUAUUCAGCCAACAUUUGAUAUACAUCAAUGGUUAUUUUGUUGUUGUUGUUGUUGUAUAAGAAAAUCUUCAAUAUCAAAUGAUCACCAAUUAUCAAUAUUGAGUUCAAAUGAAGAUGAGACAUCAACAAUAUUACCACCAGCAUUACCAAAUGCUCAUCCUCAACAACCAUUAAUAUCCAAUAGUGCUAUUUUAAAAAAACAACUUUAUCGACAUCGCCUAAAACAAAUACGUAUGGCAUCAACAUUUUUAUUAAUUACUGUUUCAUUUGUUGUUUUUUAUUUACCAUCAAUAUUAAAUGCUGAACGUUAUAUAAAGAGUCCUUUAAUGAUUUAUUAUUUAUAUUUGUGUACACAUGCAUUAAAUCCCAUUAUUUACUGUUUUAUGAAUAGAAGUUUACGUGCCUAUGUAUUUAGAAUGCUUAAAUGCCGAACGAAACGAAUAGAACGUAAUUGUACAAGUGGAUUAACAACAAUGCUUGAACGAUAA